CAAAAAUGCGCACUUUCUCUACGUUAUGUCAAUUAUUUCAGUUAAAGCCGUACAGUCCGGAAAUUUAAUCAAAAUUCGACCGUAAAUGGUUUUUCAAUUUUAUUUAGACCAGUGAAUUUGAAAACAUGGAUGGGAUACUGUCGAAUCCAACAGAAUGGAAACGGCCGGACGAAAUAAUUCGAUUACAGCGACUGAAACAAAAGCAGAAAGCACUCCAAGCACGUAUGCAAAAGCCUUCUGGGGAAACACGCAGGACCCGAUCUUCGACAUCAGCAGACAGUGAACUGGAUCCAUUUUCAGCAAACCAGAAACGGAAAAAUCCAUUCUCAAGAAACGAAGAUAACAUAUAUAAAAAGCAAAAACAAACAAAUCCAGAACCAACAAACGAAGACAGCGUGUUCGAGCUUUUGAGCAAAUCAACAUCGAAAGAGGUACCUGUUCUUGAGGCACCCCCAGCCAAGCCUGUCGUACAGCGAUUUUUUAUAAAUCCUCAACAACAGUUAGUUGAUAGUACAACAACGUUAGAUGCCGAGCAGCAACAAGUUAUACCCUCUAAGAACCUUCCCAUCCAUUGGAGUAUCAACAGCCGGCUACGAAUCGUUUGCAAAUCUCAAAUCCCUGGAAACAAUCUUCGCACAAAUCAGGAAGCAAGCGGUCUAACGUCAUUCGUUCGAUGCAUCGGAGUGAAAGAUUCAUCUCCAAGCUUGGAUAUCUCUGCUGGCGCCCGAUUUUACCAGAGCACCUUAUACUGGCAGCAUCCCCAUCUACCGUGGCUGACGUUAUUUCCGCGCAAUGCAAAGUCUAACAACGGAAUGGUUCUUGGAGAACCAGAGCGUGCUGCGCUGGCCAAAGAGUGGGAAAUUAGCUUUAGGAACUUAUUCCAGCUUGUACGUGCCCGUCAAUGUCCUUAUUUUUAUGUGUGCGCAAAUAGUUUUACCGUACUUUUCCGAGCGGCUGGAAUUGGAGGUCGAGUAGAGACACAUGCUCUGCUAACACCUACUUCCCGUGGUAUGCGAGCAGCUCUGAAACAGGAAAAAAUUGAAUUCGUUAUGCCACUUAAAAAACCUUCCGAUAAUAAACAGGAACUAAACCGCUCCAGUGAAUUAUCACCAAUGAAAAUCCAUAACGGAAGUUUUUCGAAUUCUUCGGAGGAUCAACAAACGCUUACGCAGCAUGACGACGACGACAACGGUGAAGAUUCCGACGACAUGGAAGAAGAAAAAUGGCUCGCAAGCCUCGGUGUAGAAGCGGAGGAAAUUAAAAAAAUAAACUACAAUCAAAUACAAAAACAGCAAAAUCGCGAAUGUGACGACGACUACAGCGACCAAUCGACGGUUCUUAUCGAAGGGAUAGAAUGUCAAGCCUUUUUCAAUUUUUUGCUCAAUGCCAAAAGUACUACCACCAGAGUUGGACGUUUAGCUGGUGUACCACCGACCCUGCUAGCUCCAGUAUCUUUCGUCGGAGCAAGUCUACGAAGCCUAACAACCCGUUCAAGCAAAAUUCGCCAGAUGGGCGAAGAUUACCACAGCACCGAGCUACAAGGGGUCAUCUUGCCCCACGUUUUACCCUAUCUAUGUGAUUUGUUAACUGAAUCGAAAGAUAAAUUCAGUGCCACUUUAGUAAGCGUUCCAAACACAAAAGCAUUCUGUAAAGUUUCACAAAAAAUGAUCGAUGAUGCCGACAAAGAGAACGCAGCAACUGCAAGUGGUGAUCAGGUUCUGUGGAAGGAAAAUCUUUCUGACAGUGGUCUUUCCGACCAUAUUUUGGAGGCCAUGUGUCGAACAACUAAAGAUUCGGUAAGCGAUAUGGAACGGUUUAUUUACAGCAAAGACGAUGGAGGGUACACAUGGAGCUAGCAAAUCUGAAGCCCCGGUGGCAGCAGCGAUAUUUAGAUAUAAAAUGUAUUUUAAGAAUUAGAUCAUUUUUCGUAACAGUGUUUUUACUAUUCAGUCAUUGCAUGCUUGAGUCUCGGAUAUGAUGAACCGCCAACCCCUCGUUAUGUUCUGCACACUAAUAGUUGGCUAUGAAGUUUGUGUCGAAUAAACAGAAGGUCACUGGUCUCUAGUCGGAA